GUCGGGUAUCUCCGAGAUCACCGCCACAUCUACAUGGACUCGCAACCUGCAUAGAGGAGCAAAUGUCACUACAUACGUAUACAAUCACUUUAUUCGGUCGCCAUACAGCUCCAGUGGGUUUCCCACCUGUAAAGUACGAAGAUCUCAGAGCGUACCCGUCUUCGCCUGUCCCUCUGCCACCUUUUCAGGAUUGUUGGUCGCCUUGCCAACCAUCUUGUCGAGCCCACCAGAGAUCUUCUGUCCCAUUGUGGGCUCGCCCUUUGCCAUCCUGUCCUCUUCGUGGUCUUUGUGAACAUGCCCCGCCAUGCCGCCAAUUGCCGCAUCCCGCACAGUACUAGGGCCUGAUCAGUAUAUCUGGGCGAACGCUCUACUCACUGCCCGUGGUGACCUUCGUGACCUACAAUGCCUCCAAUGACGGCAUCACGGCCGGUGCUGAAGAGACAUCAGUGUGCCCUCUGUCGUGGAUAUAGUUGUCUGUCAACACUCACUGUCCAUGAACGGGCUGUUGAGACAUAUUCGAGUCAAUGAGGGAAGAUGUAGUAAUGGGCUGAUCACUAGAGUAGGUACUUAGGGAAUCAUAGUGGAAAAGAACGCGCAAGGACGCUUCAUUUAUAUCCUCGACGAGACCAAUUGUUGUG